AUGGAAGAGACCAGCGCAAAGACGUGGCUUGUGAUGCCGUUGUACAUCUACCCACUCACCGAAUCCACAUGGGGCGCACUCUAUGACGUGAUUAUUGGGUAUCCAGACCUGAAUUUUCUGGUUAUUGUGAACCCAAACAGUGGCCCAGGCGACGCCGAUCUGCCUGGCCACGACUAUGUUCGAGAGGUGCCGAAGCUGAACUCGUAUCCAAACGUGUGCACUGUCGGUUAUGUGCGCGUGGGCUGGUGCAGGCGGACCCUCGAGGAGACGUUUGAGGAUAUACGGACUUAUGCCGACUGGAAGCGGGACGACAUACCGGGUUUCUACGUGGAGGGCAUCUACCUGGACGAAACGCCGAACCAUGUCGCGCCGGAGCGGGCGCAGCACCUGCACGCUCUCAGACAGUACAUCAAGAACGCCGAGGGACUAGUGGGCGACCGUCUGGUCGUGCACAAUCCAGGAACACCCCCGGAGGGCCACCUGAAGCACUUUGGAAGUCCCGACAUGGUGUGCUUGUGCGAGGAGCCCUAUAAGAUGUACGGUGACGACGGCGUGCAACGGCGGCUGAGAGACUACGCCCUGCCUUGGCACCAGACUAUCUAUCAGAUUUCGGGCAUCCCGGCCGAGCUCAUGGACGACGUAGUGCAGGAGCUGUGUCAGCGUGCCAAGUAUGUGUUUGCAACCGACCUGGUCGACGACUUUUACGAGAGUUUUAGUCCCAGCUGGGCAGGAUUUGCGGCGGCGGUGAACCGGAGCAACCAGCUGCAGGCCAGAGCGGCGUGCAGCUGA